AUGUUCUCUCGCUUUGCCGUCACCGCCGCCAAACCCACGGCCAUCGGUGCCGUCCGGGUUACUGCCAGGCUCUCUCCCCUGGCCAGCCAGGUCCGCUUUGUGAGCAGCCAUGUCUUGGAUGGUAGCAAAGGCAGGAAGAUGCCUGUCCAGCGGUCUCGAGCCACGGCUCCUGUCAACAACCUGGAUGCUACUUUCACUAUCCGAGAUGGUCCCGUCUUCCACGGAACCGCCUUUGGAGCCAACUCCAACAUUUCCGGCGAGGCUGUCUUCACCACCUCUCUCGUCGGCUACCCCGAGUCCAUGACCGACCCUUCUUACCGCGGCCAGAUUCUGGUGUUCACCCAGCCUCUCAUUGGCAACUACGGUGUUCCAUCGAACGCUCGCGACGAGUUCAACCUGCUGAAGUACUUCGAGUCCCCCAACAUUCAGUGUGCUGGUGUGGUGGUUGCCGAUGUGGCCGAGAAAUACAGCCACUGGACCGCCGUUGAGAGCCUCGGAGAGUGGUGUGCUCGAGAGGGUGUCCCUGCCAUUUCAGGAGUUGAUACUCGUGCUAUUGUCACGUAUCUCCGUGAGCAGGGUUCGUCCUUGGCUAGGAUCUCCAUCGGUGACGAGUACGAUGCCGACGAAGACGAGAGCUUCAUCGACCCCAGCCAGAUCAACCUUGUCAAGCGUGUGAGCACCAAGGCUCCCUUCAUGGUCUCUGCUCCGAAUGCCACCUUCCACGUGGCUCUGUUGGACUGUGGCGUCAAGGAGAACAUUCUCCGAAGCUUGGUCAGCCGUGGUGCGGCUGUCACCGUCUUCCCCUACAACUUCCCCAUCCAGAAGGUUGCCGACGAGUUCGACGGUGUCUUCAUCUCCAACGGCCCCGGUGACCCGACCCAUUGCCAGGAGACCGUCUACAACCUGAACCGGUUGAUGGACACCUCGCCCAUUCCCAUCAUGGGCAUUUGCCUUGGCCACCAGCUUCUGGCUCUUGCCAUUGGCGCACGGACGAUCAAGAUGAAGUACGGCAACCGUGCUCACAACAUCCCAGCCCUGGAUCUCACCACUGGCCAAUGCCACAUCACCAGCCAGAACCACGGGUACGCCGUCGACGCCGGUACUCUGCCGAGUGACUUCAAGGAGUACUUUGUCAACCUCAACGACGGCAGCAACGAGGGCAUGAUGCACAAGACCCGCCCCAUCUUCUCCACGCAGUUCCACCCCGAGGCCAAGGGCGGCCCGAUGGACAGCUCCUUCCUGUUCGACAGGUACCUGCAGAACGUCAAGCUGUACAAGGACAGCCAGAAGAUCUACAAGGACAACAGGCCGUCCCAGUACAUGCUGGACAUCCUCAGCAAGGAGCGUGUCGGCGUCGAGCCCACGCCCCUGGCCACCGCUGCUUAA